AUGGCCAUCGUGCAUAUGGGAAUGCGAACUUAUGGUGUUGGCUCACUGUGGAAUCCUAUGGUCAUUGCCAAAACUACGAAAAUCACCAUUUCAACAUCAGAUUCUGCUCUGCCUGGCUUCGAACAAUCUUUGGGAUCCGCUACAAGACCAACGCCAGUUCAUUCAGCAAGUAUUUACACUAGUCGCACGCAGCCCAUAGCGAAUUCUUCCGAGCAAAACAACAUCAGAACACAGCACUCAGAUCGCAAAGGACGCAGCCCGAGUGACGAGGCAGCUAUGUCAUAUGCUAAGACCGCCCUUCUGUUCUUCACAGCGAUGCUUGUUACUUGGAUUCCUGCGAGCGCGAAUCGUCUGUACGUUCUUGUGGACGGCAAGUCGUCGGUACAGUUGGGAUAUGUCAGCGCAUUCGUACUCCCUCUGCAGGGCUUCUGGAACGCCUUGAUCUACUAUUACACCUCUCGAGCCGCGUGUAGGCAGGUCAUUGCUAGUCUAUGGACCGGAUGCCGCCCGCUGGAGGAGAGCGACGCCAAUGGGUCUAGCUUUGCUGAUGGAAACAACGAGCAGGGGUUUCAGCUGGAACAGUUAAAGGCUGCCAAGAGGGGACAAACUUUCGGAGAUACAGAAAGCACGACAUCGCUAACGGCGAAGGUCUGA